AGACAAGAGAAAAAAGUCUGUGAUAUUAAACGGUAAUAAAAUAUAAAGGUAUAAAAAAAUAACAACAUAGGUAGAUUUAAAAAACUUUACGUGUAUUAAUAACGUCUAUACGUUAAUAGUUGUGGCCUAGAAGGCACAAAAAUACAUUAGAAAUUUUACUGAUUUUUAAUGUGACUUGCUUACAUCCAUACUGAAAUACAUAUAAAUAUAUAUGUGUGUGUAUAUGUAACAUAAAAGUUGUCAGAAACAAAAAAAUACUGAGAAACUGACGAAAAUACGAGUGUGCGCGGAAAAUAAGGGCUAAAAUUUUAUUUUAAUUGUGGCUUGUAACGACGUCCUGAAGAUUGACAAGAAUGUCUGUUGAGUCUGUAUCGAGUGACAGGGCUGAAGAGCCGGACACUAAAAAUGAAGAAGACGAGGCAAUUAUAUCCGUUGCUGUUGCCGGAGAGGUGACUGAUUCAUGUAUUGUUGAAGUAGGAAGAGUAAGACCUCAAUUCCAAUACACAAGGGAAGAACUUAUGACUAUUAAGGGAUUACCUUUGUCCAAACGUCGACCUGAAUGUUUAGACGCUGCUUAUAAUAAGUGUUUGUUAUCUAGCUCUCGUGGCCUCUGGGAUCCGGAGAGAUGGCAUCUGGACAGGAAACGCAGCGAGACGCCACCCGAAGAGGAACAACGUCCUGGGGGAAGAGAUCAAGUUAUCGAUUCGCAAAAUAACAAGCGUCGAAGUGGAGAUCCACGGGAACGAAUACGUAAAGAACAAGAUGGUAUUGUCUUGAGUCCUCAGCGAAGAAGCUUCAACUCAGGAUGCUUUGUCAACGUAACUCAACCAACUUCUCGUCGUCCAGAGAGUCCUAUUGGAAAACCAGAAGUCGUUCAUCGCGAGCCAGUUCGGCGUAUUGGUAGCGGUCGAUUGUUGACACGAGACAUGUGGGACUUUAGACCAGAAAAUGAAAAGAUGGAGCCUGAUCGUCCAGACUACGGGUUCCGUAGUGGCGGUAAUUCAGCGCGUGAUCGAGACUCAGGCAGAGAACGGGAAAAUUUACGCGAUCGAGAUAGCGUUCGUGACAGAGAUGAUCGUAACGAACGCUAUGAAAGAAGAUCAUUUGGUCGAGACUUUGGUGAUCGAGACAAUCGUGAUCGUGAUCGUGGUUCAGACUCAAGAAAUGAUCGAGGACAUGUAAUGGAUCGCGACAAAGAUCGAGGUGGUAGAGAUCGAAAGUAUGGAUCAGAUCGCAGAAAAAUUCAUAGUCACGAUUCACGAGAACCCGAAGAGCCUGAAUGGUUUAGUUCUGGUCCUAUUUCCCAACAUGAUACUAUUGAGCUUCGUGGAUUUGAUGAUCUUCCUGAGGAAAAAACUGUCAAGUCGAAGAAAAUUUCACCGGCACAAAAGAAACGAGGCAAAAAAUCAGUUAAUGAAAAAGAUGAUAAACCAAGUGAAAAUUCGGCUGGCCCGAAAGGACGUAGUACACCCACUUCCAUCGAUCAACCGACUAAUCCUGUACCUGCACCGCAUUCACCUAUCCUAGAAAAACCAGAAAAUGAAACGGCUACUGAAAAAAAGCAAUCUGAAAGCAACGAUAAUAAAAACACUCAAAAUGUUAAUCGUGAAAAAACAGAACAAUCUGAAUCAGCUAAUAAACGUGAAGCAGAGAACUUAAAUUUUAAUCUCGAAGAUUUUCUCAAGUCAGACAAUCUUCCUGGAGUUUCUGGAUUGUUGACAAACGGUGUUGGUGCCAACAGCGGGAGUGGAUCACGUUUUAGUCAGUGGUUUAAAAGAGAAAGUCCUCUUCAACAGAACGACAGUCGUAGACCAUCCAUUCAAGAUGAACUGCUUAAUAAUUUACUCAGUGACAUCACUGAACCUAACAUUCAAGUACCAAUCGUUAAUGAGUCAAACACCUAUUUUGCACCUAUUUCACCGGCCAAUUCAACUAACAUCAACAACGCGCCUUCAGCUAGUGAAGUUAAACUCCUGGAGAUGUUACAACGUGGCAACAAAUCUAAUCAAAAUGGACAAGGUGACACUGCCAUUAAUAUGGUACAAAUGUUAAAAACUCCUUCUGUUAAAGAUAUAGAAGUUGGAAGUAAAGGGAUGCAUAGUUUGGAAGAAUUAGAAGCCAGUUUGAGAGGAGGUGUACCACCUCAAGUACAACAUGUUGAACAACAAAAAGUUAAUAAAACAGAGGAAGACCUUUCUGCAUUUAAAAAACUCCUUGCUCAAGUUUCUGGUGGUCAAGCUGUACCUGCUGCAAAUGGACUUAACCCAUCAAAAGGUCAACCCAUUACUCUGAUGCAAUUGUUGAAAAAUCAACAACCUCAGCCACCAAUUCAUAUUCCGCCUCAUCAGCCAAUUGUUCCUGAGCAACCUCAUCCUAAUUCAUUCGGUCAUGUUGGUCCGCUCGGUCCUACUCAGCAUGCUCAUCAAGCUCAGAUGCAACAUGAAAAUUUGCUUAAAGUACUGAGAAUACAACAGCAACAGCAGCAGCAGCAACAACAGCAACAACAACAGCAUCACCAUCACCAUCAUCCACAACAACAACAACAGCAACAGCAUAAACGUCAACAACAAUCAACUGAUAUGCUGUCAAUGAUGAUGGGUACUCAAAGAAUGGUUGGAGUAAGCCCAGUUCCUCAAGAAAUGCAGAUGUUAGGCAACAAUAUACCGUCCAUUCGUGAACUUUUACAACGCCCUGAAGCCCAAGCUAUUAUUCAGGGCCUUCAACAAGGUGAAAUUACUCGACAACAUCUAGUUCAACAGCUUCAGAAUCCAGCUAUGCAACAUCGUCAUCGUGAGCUUUUGAUGAACAUUUUGAGAAUGUUUGGUAACACUGCUUCGCGUACCGUCAGUCCUCAUCCAGGUUCAGGUGUUUCGCAUGAUCCAAUGAUUCAACAGUUGUUGUAUCAGCAACAACAACAACAGCAACAACACCAACACCAACAACAGAGAGUUCCUUCUCCGAUGAACAACGCGUUAUGUCAACCCUCGAUAAUAACGUCUAAUUUAGUAUCUAACUCUAAUCCAUUAUCAAUGCAACAUUCAGUGAUUCCACACAGAGCACCUUCGCCCCGUGAUCUUAUAAUGCAUCCGCAAUCCAUGAUGCAGAAUGCAUUGAUCAAAAAUAAAUUGGAGGAACAACGUGAAAGUUAUCGUAAACGGCAGGAACAUCAGCAACAACAACAGCAGCAACGUAUUGCGAGUCCGAUUAACUCACCAUCAAAGCAAAUAAUGAGUCCAACACCACUUGCUUUUACACCAACUUCUGUAUUACGAAAAAUGACAGCUGAAAAGGAACCAGAUGGAACUGUUGACAAUUCAAAAAUGGUAUCUCAAAGUCAAGUAAAUCAAAUACAGCAAAUGCAAUCAGCAGUACAAAUAAUUGCUCAAGCUCAGGGAGUCUUCUCACGGCAGCAAAAUACAAUGAGGACUCAACCAAAUCCACAAGUACCUUGGACAAAUCAACUUGUCAAUAAACAUCCUGGACGACCAAUUGUGAAAGGUGGUGCUGCUAAUCAAUUUCAGUAUGGUAAUCCAGUUAAUUAUCCACAACAAUCACAGCCGCAGCAACAACUGCCGCAACAACAACAACCUCCAUCAUCGCAACGAAUAACGCCGAGUGUUUUUGGAAACACUGCACGCUCAAAACAUACAAUGUCUUCAUCGCUGUCACAUCAAAAUUUUCCUCCAUAUAAUAUGACACCAAAUCCGGCUAUGAGCAGAAGACCAGAUAUGACGGCAGAAUUUGCACGAAAAGUGGCACAAGUUACCAGUAUGGAUAAUGAGCAACCACAGCAGCAGCAACGUAAUGUUAAUUCUCAGGUUCAGCUUAUUUUAAACCAAAAUUAUAACACCAAUCGAACAGACGGUCGAGUAAUGCGACCUCAACAACCAAUUAGUAUGGGUAGACAAACAUCACCAGGAAGCAAUGGAGGAAGUCUUUCACCUACGUCUAAUCAACUGGCUCGAUGGUUUAGUCCCGAGCUUCUUGCUAAAGCAAGAGCUGGAAAAUUACCAGAGCUUGGUCAAACUAAUGUUUUAUCACUUGAAGAAUUAGAACGACUUCAACAAGCUUCAGCUGUCGUACAUGAUUAGUUUUUUAAAUUAAAUUAAUUCAAUGGAAUAAAUAAAAUUUUGAAAACAACAGUGCACUAGAAGUCGGUAGCAGAUAGAAGAAUUAAAUUUAAAAUAAUGUGGUAUGACAACUAAAAUUGAAAAGCUCUUUUUUUUAUAUUCUAUUGGAAUAUGUUGGGUGAUAAGUGAAAGUCAUACACUCUCUUUGAUUAUCGAUUAAAUGAUAUUUUAUCAUUUUAAGAAAAAAAAAAAAAAAAGAAGCAUUGUCAUCUAUUUAAGAAAAUAAUGUGAAAAUAACCAACAAAAAAGUCAAAAUAUGAUUUGUUGUUGGGAUUUAAAAAAAAAAUAAUAAAAUGAACAAAUAAUAAUAGUUAUUUUAUGUUACUAAUUACAUACCAUGAGUGUUUCACCACGCUGUGUAGAUUUUAUUAAAUCAUUGUUUUAGACUGUAUUAUUGAAAAGACUGUUAUGCUACAAAAGGUUUUGUCUAAGUAAUGAUCUAUCUUACAUUAUUGGCAAAAUUAAGCCAGAAAACCAGUAAGAAUGAAAAUACCAUCCUCCAAAAUGAGAAUAAAUUAACAUUAACGCCAUUAAUCUCGGUGCCGUGAAAAUGAUAGAAAAUCGUUCACCGAGUUACAUGCAUAAAUAAAAUUACUACACAGUUAAUAGAAGUAUAAUUACAGUGUCGUUACCGAAAAUAAUCAAGAAACCGUGAAUUUAACGAACAUUAUGAAUUGGUGUCAAGAAAUGCGCGUCGAUCGCGCUUAUGAAACUAAAAAACUGAUUCUACAAGAAAUAAAAUAAAAUAAGACGACAAGUAUUGUAAUAAUAAUAGUUCAUGAAUAAGAAAAGUGAUUAUUAAUAUAUUAAUUUGACGCAGAAUACAAUUAUUAUUGAUGUUUGCAUCCAUGUUAGUCAACUGCGUAAAUCCUUUUUUUUUUUUUUUUUUUUUUUUAUUUAAUUUAUUGUUUUUCUUUUUUAUCCAAACCAUUUAGAGUUAUGAUAUUAAAUUUCUUUCUUUACGUCAUUAUGUUUACAAGUUGUAAAAAUAAUUAUUUUAUCAUCAAUAAAAACGUAAAGCAUUUUUUCGCGGUCAACUGAUAUUAUUUAUAUUUUAAAAAUUUUCAACCAGUUAAUUAAAUACUUUAUGAAAAUUUUGUUAAUUGAAAAAAAAGUUAUAUAUAAAUAUAAUAUAUAAUUUUUAUGUCCAUUAAUGUAAAAGUUUCAAUGAUAUUAAAAAAUAAUAUGAUAUUGUAAAAUUCAUUAUUAAUGAUGGAAUACUUAAUUAAAAUGAAACACGAGCAAAAUGACAUUGGCUUUCACAUAAAAAAAACAUGUCCUAGAUUUUUAUUAUCCAGCAAUGUAACAAUAAGUUAUAAAAGAUAUUUUAAACUUUUUGCAAGUGUUUACUUAUUCGGCAGUAACAACACCAAUGACAACAUUAUUGAGUGUAGUCAUUACUCGAGUAGAAUUUGAAAUUAAUUUAAGAUGAACUUACAUGUAAACAAAAUUAAAACAUCUCAUAAUUUAAUGGAUACUUAUAACGGUUACCACUCAAAAAAAAAAUUUUUGGAUUGAUAUUUAUGUAUAUCUACUUUAUUUAAAUGAAAAUAUUGAUUUUUUUUUCUUGCUAAUUAGUUAAAAAAUUUUUCAACUUCUCGCUAAUAAUUUUUUUUUAUCUCUAAAAUAGUGUAUAAAUAUUACUACGAGAAAUUUAAAAAAUGGAUAUUUAUUUUAUUUAAAUACAUAUUCAAUUAAAAGAAUAUAGUAGAUGAUUGAGUCUACUGUUUUUGAGGUAAAAAAUUAUUAUGAAAAUUCGUUAAUUUAUUUUUUUGUCUUCAAUAAAGAAGAGAAAGAGAGACAGAAAAAUUUAUAAAGAAAAACACUUUUGUACAUAAUUUUACCCAUUAUUGUAUGGAUAAAACAUUAUUAAUACAAUCUGGAAAUAAAAAAGCUAAAUUAUCGAUGUAUGUAUUGACUCGAUAACUUGUAAAUAAAGUUAUUAAACGUAA